AUGAGAUUUUCAUAUCAUAAGAUCUUAGCCAUUUUCUUCAUUUGUUCAACCCUUUGUUGCAUAAAUAAUUUCCUAGCACAUCAAGAUUUCCUUGAUGUGCAUAAUCAAGCUAGAAAAGAUGUUGGUGUUGGUCCACUUACGUGGAAUAAUACCCUUGAAGCCUAUGCACAAGACUAUGCAAAUAAGAGAAUCAAUGAUUGUGAACUUGAGCACUCUAUGGGUCCUUUUGGUGAGAACCUUGCUGAGGGUUAUGGUGAAAUGAAAGAUGCUGAUGCUGUCAAGUUUUGGCUAACCGAAAAACCUAACUAUGACUAUGACUCAAACUCUUGUGUUAAUGAUGAGUGUUUGCAUUAUACUCAAAUUGUUUGGCGUGAUACGGUUCAUCUUGGUUGUGCUAAGGCCAAAUGUAAGAAUGGUUGGGUUUUUGCCAUUUGUAGCUAUUCACCACCUGGCAAUGUUGAUGGACAACGACCUUAUUGA